AUGAAAGCACUGUUCCAUGUUGUGUUCCACCUUGAGGAUACGUAUACAAUUCCCGCUGCCUCAUCUCUUAGUCCACGACUCUACAGGCGUAGCCAUACCGUGAUGUAUGACGACUUUCAUUCAAGCCAUCUUGACAGCAGCAAAUGGAAGCAUGAAGUCACUUGCUGGGGAGGAGGGGGUGGUCAGUUCCAGAUGUACACACCGGAAUCUGCCAACACCUACAUAAAGAAUGGCGUCCUCUACCUCAAACCGACGCUUAUGGCAGACAAGGUCGGAGAAAACUUCCUUCAUCACGGAGAUUUGGAUGUCAGAAAGCAAUGGGGAACGUGCACAUACAACAGUGACAACGGAUGCCACCGUCUGGGAUCGAAGAAUGAAAUCCCACCUAUCAUGUCAUCUAAACUCUAUUCCAAGGCUUCUAUCAAAUACGGAAGAAUAGAAGUCGUUGCACAGUUACCUAAAGGGGAUUGGUUAUGGCCAGCCAUUUGGAUGCUUCCACCUACAAGACCUUGGAAGUAUGGUGGAUGGCCAAUUUCCGGUGAAAUAGACAUCAUGGAAUCAAGAGGAAACGUUAGUCUGAAGGACUCAGGAGGACACGACCGAGGCGUCCACGUGGCGUUCUCCACCCUCCACUGGGGCACUUCAAGUCAACAUCAACAACAGUCUCAUUCAGCGACGGGCUCGUGGGAGGAUGGCUUCCACACUUACGCCAUUGGCUGGACCGCAGACCACAUAAGGACUGAAAUAGAUCAUCAUCCACUGGAUCCGACUCCUUCCAACGGAUUCUUUUCAUACAGUCAUCUCUCUGGCACCAAUCCCUGGGGGAAGGGUGGUAAAAACGCCCCCUUUGAUGGACCGAUGAGUCUUAUCUUGAACGUUGCUGUGGGUGCCACGGAUGGCUAUUUCUCUGAUUCGUAUCAUAAUGCUAACGGUAAGCCAUGGAAGGACAGCUCUCACACUGCUAUGAUGGACUUCUGGAAGAACAAGCACCAAUGGCAGUCUACUUGGCAUGCUGAAGACGUCGCCAUGAAGAGCAGGUCCGUCAAGAUGAUACAGUAUUAAAUUUCUUCUCAGAUGAUCGGAGAAAUGUCACUUCACAAUAAAUAUUAUUUGGCAGUCAA